AAUUGGGACGCACUUUGGACGGCGAUUAGGGCACGCUUCUCUCGGGAGAAAGAGUUUUGAUUUCAUCGCGGUGAUAUUAUCGGGAUAUAACCACUUUGGAGAUCUGUGAGAAGUCUUCGUGAGGCUCGCCGUCGUCGUCUUUCAUCGUCGUAGUCGCCCUUGUCGCCGUCGUCGCCGGUGCAGUGAGGGGAGGCGAGAGGUUCUAAGACCGGCGCGCCAUGUCCGAGGGAGCGUCGGGGGACGCGGCGCGGGUGACCGCCGAGGCCGGCGGCGGGUGCCGGGCGCUGGCGGCAGGCGGGGAGGACGCAGCCGGGAGAGCGGCGAGGAGAGGCUCCGUGAGCGACCACAUCAACGUUCAGGCCGGGCAGCUCCUCCGCAGGUUUAUUUUGGACCGCGCGGAGAGCGAGACGGAGACGGUGGGGCCCGCACCCACGCUGGAGGAGUUGGGGGGGUCGCCCGCCGAGCAGGAGGACAAGGGCGUAAUCGAGGUGGCCAACUGCCUGCGCCUCAUCGGAGACGAGCUCGACCGAGACCAGAAACUGCAGGAGAUGAUCCGCAAUAUGCCCAUCGAGUCUCCGCGGGAGCUCUUCAUGAGGGUCGCCAUACAGAUCUUUGCCGACGGAACCUUCAACUGGGGCCGCGUCGUUGCCCUCUUCUACUUUGCCUAUCGCCUUGUGAUGAAGGCCUACAGUAGACAACUGCUGGACAUUGUGAAGACGAUCAUCAGCUGGGCCGUUGACUUUAUUCGCGAGAACGUUAUUCAAUGGAUACGCGAACAGGGAGGAUGGGAGGGCGUGCGGACAUACUUCGGCACCCAGACCUGGCAUUCGUUGACCAUGUUCGCGGCCGGAGCGCUGGUGAGCGCCCUCGUCUUGUGGAGGAUAAGAUGAAAAACGCCUCCCCGACCGAUCCCACCGCCACCUGUCGCGAUUACACGACGGCGGCCGCCUUUGCGACGUUGUCGUCCUCCCGUCUUCUUCCCAGGGGUAUCCUACCGUCUUCUUCGUCUUCUUCUGCGGGCGCUGUGGUGGCGAGAUGUUAACUCCCUCGCCUGGUAUGCAGGAAAUCGUGGGUUCGAUCCCGACCCCGACGCCUGCAUGUUUGGAGUUUGCAUGUUCUCCUCAGUGGUCACGUGGAUUUUUCUCCGGGUCCUCUGGUUAAUCCCUCCACAUUUAGAAACGUGCUUUUAGAGCAUUUGGCGGCUAUAAAUGUCCACACGAUAAGCCACUCCAUGGAGCUUUCAUUUGUGGCCAGGUUGUUUCUGAAAAAGUGCUACAUAGCUCAGUGGGCCUUGGCUGUUAAAAUAAAAAAAUGUUUAAAUAGUUAAGUUUAGUAUCCCGUCCCUGACCGUCCGCACCACUCUUUCGCCGGACAAGUCUUAACGCGUCCGCCGCCCCCCUCCCCCUCGCGUGUGUAUCCGUGUGGUCACUGCUUUCCUGGGGCGUGAGCUCCUGACAUCGGUGGAUAGGCCCCGCUGGUGGUGAUGGGAAGCGAAGUCAGUCUGUCGGUCAGUUUUGUCUUUCCGUCUCGUGCCGAUGUUGAGUGAAGAAGAGUUCUUGUUGCUUGGCUCUACUGUAAGCCCAGACACUGUGAAUUUAACCAACUUGAUGGGGUUUUUUUGAAGGCGGCUGAUGGAGUUGUUGACUUAACGUGAUCAUGUCGGAUGACUUUGAUUAGCAGGACUCACACCGGUAGCAAAAAUUAUAAUUUUCAUAGUCGUAUAAUGGCAGUAAUUACAAUAAUAAAAGUCAUAUUUUUCUUUACUAAUCAAACUUAUUUUAAAACAGCCUAAUUUUCGUAAUUAGUGUCAGGUAUAACACCUUUACAAACAUCGACUAUGUAUUAACAUUCAUAGAGAGUAAUGUGUUUAUUUUAACGGACUAAGAACCAAAUUUGUAUUUUAACGGUUUACGGGAACUGUAGUAGAAAGUGUGCUUUUUACUAAACAUUUUUUUAAUGAACUAAUCAGCGCUCGAUCAUGCCCUCGGCUUAUAGAUGCAGAGCAGCAGCGCAAUUUAAAUCGGGAUGGAGCGGCAUCGCAAUUGGACGUCGUUACAAGCCUUGCCCUAACACCCCGUCGAGAUCGCCCUUCUCAUCACCAAAUUGAGCAUGGCGCGGCUCGGCCAUUUGAGAUGCGUGAGUGGUGUGAGUGAUAUGAGACUGUGUAGCAGUCAGCGCGCCACGCUACGAACAUGAGGGCUGGAGUUCGAUUUCCGCUCACGACCAAAAAACUAUAUUUUAACCGGUCCUAGGCCUGCCCUAGGAUGGCUCGGCCUCAAAUGAGUAGCUGGUUUGAUACGUAAAUGUCGCCACUAGGGAGACGAAGGCGGGGCAUGGUGCUGGCCACCAACCCCCUCGUGCAGCGUGCCAGCCUUAAACAGGCGCUCGCUAACAGCACUUGCCCCGACUGUCUGUUAAGGCUAACACAGGGGAUCUUUAUCUUGGUGCUUGGGACUAACAACUAAUAAUAAACACAAACGUAUGCAACUCUCUCUUUGCGUAGCCUUCAAGUGCCGGGGCUAAAACCGUUAAAUGCUACAAAUACGAACCUCUUUAAUCUCAGGUGGGAGUGGGGGAUUUUUUCUUAUUUUUUGUUAACAAGAAUUCAGUGAUCGCCUCCCGAGCCUCUCUCGUGCAGCUCCGAGGGAAAAUUUUUGUUUUACAAUGAAAGCACAAAGACAACGGUGUUUGCGGUGGGAAGCUAGGGUUGCACGGUGCCGUGUGUGGAGACAGUGGUGGGGUGUGGGGGGGAGGUCACUGGAACAGACGGAGGGAGAAGGCGUGCAAGGAAGGGGGGGGGGGGCGGGAGAUACGACUGACGGGUGUUAGGAACGUCUCAGGAAAAUUAAGCGUUGAGCUAAUUUUCACGCUCAUCGUUUAUUUUUUAUGUAUACCUUUAAUCAAUAAUUUGUAACAAAUGCAUUUGAAGGUUUUAGUUGUUGUAUCGUGUUUUCGCCGUGUUCACGUUGUUGUUACGUGCGCGUAACGGUGUGGUCCAGGGGUUUUAAGUUUAGCCACUUCUGUUCGGGUCGCUGACCCAGACAAUAUUUCUGUGCCCGACAUACCACAUCCAGUAUACCUCUCAAUAUGGCUUGUGGCUACUAGUCACGCUUGUACAAGUCUUACCACCGAACCCAAAAAAUAUUGAGCCUGAAAUUAAGCCCUGGUGUGGUGCCACUCUUCGGAACGAUGCGCAGGAAUCGUGCGAAAGCGCCUGGCGAAUUUGUUUCAAAGCUAAAGGUGCAUCUCUGCAGUGUCUUGCUCACGCCACUGCAGGCCGAAUAAGGGCCUGCAAGCGAGGGAGCUCGGGAGAGCCCCUGGAGGCCAACUUGCCUGCUGACGAAAUGUCUUGGAAGAAGGCGGUAGGAUUAACCAUUUUUUAUUUAUUGUAUUGAGCUGCUGCAGAUGUAACAACAGCAGCAGUAGCAGCAACAACAGAAUCCGCCAACACACCACGAUGGGGUCCGCAGUGGUGAAACUUUCUGGGCAGCAAGACAAAGGACAGACCUAGGUUAUUAUUGGUAAAGUGCUGGAAAGGGGGGUGACCAUGGAAUGAGACAAAGAUGUUAGGUGUUAUCAUGGUAGGGAGGCUAAACCACAACGAAUGCCUCUUUUGCAUUCAUCAGUGCCAUCGCCCCCUGCAUGUUAACGUUCCGACACUGCUCGCCGUGCGCGUCGCUCCCCCCGCCUCGUGUUCUUGUUGUUGUUAUUGAGGCGAUUACCAGCAUGCUAUUCCGUGCACUUAACAAAAGUACGAAACUCCAAAUUGGGCGAUUCGGAGAUUCUGGGUAAGCGCCUAUUGGGAGUUGGAUAAAUGUUAUCGGAGCCGAGCCAAGGAGCAUUUCGAGACUUGUGUCGUUAGGGCGGUUGUGUAUUUACCACUUGAUGACACAAGCUGAAGUGAAUGACGUUGAUGCCCGCACAGCAUCAUGGAUAGUCCCACAAUGCCACAUGAGCCUUGCGGAGGGCAUCGGGUUCACAGAGAGCAGCCCGAUUGCUAUCCCACCAACAUCGAAUGUGUGCACGUGUUUAACAUGAAUGGUCGAUGAGGUUAAUGCCAACUUUGUACCGGUUUCACGCUUAUUAGAGAUCAUCGGUUCGACUGAUGAUGUCUUUGGAGAGCUGAAUGGAGUUCAAAAUAACUCGCAAACAAAUACCUUGUGAAAGACCAAAUGCAGAAGAUCCCUGGGUUUGAUAUUCCGCGAAGCUCAUGGUCCGCCAUAAAUCGCAUCCGCACAAACCAUUGUAGAUGCGGAUACCUGAUGCACGAAUGGAAACUGUGGUCAUCCAGAACAGACCGUACAACAUGUAAUAACGCAAUGGCCGAUCCACAAAUACAAAGGAGACAUCGCAGCGAUACCCGUGCACUCCGCUGCUUCUGGAGCGGUUAUCUGGCUUGACCACCUGAAUGUGAGCUUGUAGUUGUUGCUCUGCAUCGACAUCAGGCAUACGAAAGAAGAAGAUGACUUCAACAUAGCACUGCGUCUGUAAUUAGCAGUUUUCUCGUGGUUUCACACCUUGUUAGGGACCGUAGCCGUGUUAAGACUCGUUUGACCAGUGCAACACAAGCACACUGUGCCAGGAUAAUCAACAGUUCGGCGUCCCCCUGCCAACAUCCGCUAGCUCCGCCUUUGUCGACACAAAACAGCCAUCUCCACCAACCUGUUGCUACAGAUCGGCUUAUGAACGCCAUCUGUCGGACCUGCGAAGCAAUGUGGGUUUUCCUCCAUAAUGCUGUGUGUUUAAUUAUUAUGUUUUCACCUUUGCGUGUUUACUACUGUGAGGUUUUUGUCUUGGCUUGCGAUACAACACUUUUCUUUUAAGUCGAUAGGAUGGAAGAAAUUGAACGUUUACAGAAAAGGAUGUGCCGGUGGUGUUUUUAGUGUGUUGUUACAGUGGAACAACGAAUUGCCUCCUGGUUGUUGAGCCAUGUGCUUGGUGAAGGUGUCAGGGGCAGCACGGAUUUAAGAGCCGCGUUAGUGUGCCUGGCUGGCAGCCACCUUUGCUCAGUCUUUUUAUUGUUGUAAACUUAUAGCGCCUCCAGUGUUGAAAUGUAUUUUCCCACCAUCGUCAUCCCCAAUUACUGAGUUACAGACAUCAUCGUCGUCGUCAUCGUCGUCAUCAUCAUCGGUAAACUGAACAAUUUCCUGCUGCGUUCCCAUGACCACCGACUGAUUUCUUGUCCCAGCGCCACAUGAGCUGUCCAGCUGCAUAUGGACUCGACCUGUCCCGCUCCAUCUCCCCACCCAAUCACACUCCCUCCCCACACCGUCACCUCCGCCCACCCUGUCCUCUACCCUCCAUCGCUGGUGGGGAAACAAUCUAAAAAAAAAAACAUUUACCGUACGCUUUGGGUUGGGUGACAUCAUCCCAAAAAAGAUGUGAUAUGUUAUAAUAAAAAUGUUUUGCCACCGUUGAGUUGAACUAUGCGAAUGAUGCCACUGACCACUCGUGCCAUUACAGCGUUCAGCCCGCGGCAUCACGACGCGUUUCGUGUGCCGCCUGGUAAACCGGCCAGGUUUAUCAGCUCGUUGGUGCCGAAUCUGGGCUGAGUGAGCCCACUGGCCCGGUCCACGUACGUGGGCCAGCUCGCUUCCCCCCCCUGGUCAUGGGAACACGGUGGCGAGAUGUUAACUACCUCGCCUGGUAUGCAGGAGGUCAUGGGUUCGAUCCCCACCCUGAUGCCUGUAUAUUUGGAGUUUUCAUGUUCUCCCCUGUGGUUGCGUGGAUUUUUAUCCAGGUCCUCCCGGUUUUUCCCUCCACAUUUAGAAACGUGCGUUUAGAACAUUUGGCUGCUAUAAAUUUCCACAUUAUAAGCUACUUCGUUGAGCUAUAAUCUGUGGCCAGGUCGCUUCUGAAAAAGAGCAAUAUAUACCUCAGUGGGUCUCACCUGGUCAAAUAAAAAAAAUAGUUUGUUUAGUUUACGGCAGCAUUGACCCUGUUUGGCAGUGGUUUUUGCUUCGGGGUGAAUAAUGGCCAUUCUGCGUUAAAAUAGGGAAGUUGUCUGAAACAUCAGACGAUGCGUUGCAUCCCAGUUUGUGAGGAAUGCCAGUUAACAACAGCGGUUGGCAAUGUGUUUUCAGUCAAUAUUUGUCGCUGAAUGAAAGAGUGAAUCCGUAGACAGCAAAGGUACGUUUCACCGCCAAACGAUAACGUUUAGGUCCGUCAACAAAUAGGCUUCCUCGACCACAAUGUGUUCCCACCUACAUUGGCUUGAGCUGCUAAAUAUCAAAAUGUUGGGGAACAAAUGAAAUAAAUACACGAUCGAUGUAUUUCAAAGAAACCUAUAGAUAAGUAUGUUCAUUUGUGAAGCAUCGUUAAUUUGUCACGCUUUUAAGACAAUGAUUGCAAAGCACUCCCCCCGCGUAUCGACCGUCUGCUUUCACCGCCAGUGAGUGCGGUCGACACUUUAUGGAAGUGGGCUAGCGCAAGAGGCGUUCCAGUCGCUCGAUGUUUCGGUGGACGGUUAAGGGACGAGGCUGAACAACUCCACCGAUUCGAAUAAAAAACAUUUGUCCGGAAUAAGCCAAGUUGACUUGAACUAUUUCCCACGACGGAAUGGUAAUCCAUCCACUGCCGCUGGUGCCAUGCGAUGGUUAUUGAUUUACACGGCGUGUUUGCACCUCCAUCCAAAUUAUAAUCGUUUGGUAGAAUCCGUCAUGUGUGGCUUAUUUCUGAUUAAAAUUGAGUCCAAAUGUAUUUUCUUCGUACAAAAGUUUUGGUUUAUUACAUGCACACUUUUAGCCGCCCUAUAAAUUUCCCGAACAACUUUUAUGCAAAUAAAACGUAAAUCAUUGGUGACGCGGUAAAUACAACAAUACCUUCAUGAAAUAUACGGAACUAACGUUUCAGUUUGCGUUGGGCAAUGACUUAACCGCAGUACGCAGCACGUGCUUCGUCGUUGAUGAUUCUUUAAAACCUCUAAAGAUCCAAAACAGUAAGGCCACUGCGAUCGUGGACUAACACAUUUUCAAAAUAUUGUGCGCUAUUAAGAUACUCGCAUUAAUAAAUUACUUACUUUUUAAUUGAAGGCCAUUUAGAUAACACGCCUCAUUUUCAAGUAUUGCCCUUCGCCAGUGCAUCGGCAAUAGUAAAAUAAAAUGACUGUCUUAUUUGCGCGGACAAGUAAAGGAUAUCAAAGCAACUUAAUGUAGAGCAAGGCUACAUUUUUUUACACGACGUUUUCGCAAUACAAAUGUUGAAACAACUUGAUUGCCAUUCUCACCAGUUCCCCAUUCCAGGCCUCGCAGUGCAUUGCUUAAUCAAUUGUUAAACUUGUAUCUUUUUUACGUAAAUCUCGCUGACCCUAAUUCAACAAAUGCUCACAAAACAUCAAAUUGCUGUUUCCUUUAAAAAAAAAUACCUACGUCACAAAUAUCUAAAAUGAAAUCCAUAGCAAUUGUGUCUACCACUGCUGGAUGAAGGCCUCCCUCAUGCCAUCACCAUCCCUCACGAUCUCAAGUGCUGUUACCGUCCAUCCCACUGCUACAGAACGAGCUGCUCCCAUCACUCCAUCUCCCCCGGUGGUCGACCCCUCGGAUGUGUUCUUUCCUUUGCAAUUCCGCCACCCGUCUUAUCCGUUAGCCAUCAUCCCACCUGGCAAUGCGUCCUGCCCAAGCCCAUUCACGUUUCUCAUUUGCCCGUACGGCGUCUACGACGUUGUGUUUGGUGUAUUGCGAUGGUAUUAAGUUUGUAAGACAUCCUCGUUCAAAAGUGUGGCUGCCAGCUGCUCACGCCAUGUGCUUGAGUGCAGGCCACCGUGGACACAGUGUUAAUUGUGAUGUGCAAUGAGUGUUUGUGUUUUAAAGCAGUGAAGUCCGUGUACUAUGAACUGUGUUAAGGCU